UCCGCAGCGCCGACGGGGCCAGGCGCCCCCCGCGCGAUUAGCGGGAGCGCCUCGUCGGUUUUCCUCCUCUGGCUGCCGGCCGGAGCUCGGCUUCACCGAGGCCAAGAAGUUCGGCAUGGCGGCGGCAGCUCCAGAAGGACACUCCAGUGCACGUAGCGUGCUGAUUCUAUAUGGGGACGACGCCAGUGAAUGGUGCUACUACCUUGAGAGCAUCUUUCACUCAUGCCAAGAAGUCUGGAGCUAUCGAGUGGAGAGCGGAACUACUAUUUCCACCGAGGAGCUGGACCUUUUCAAGAGCAGCAGGUGCAUCAUUAUUCUGCUGUCCUCUGAGCUGGUGCAGAGUUUCUAUGUCCCCGAUGUCCUUCAGAGCCUGCAGAAGGUCCUCCAGCCACCCCAUAAAGUGGUGAAGCUGUUCUGCGGAAUAUCAGAAUGUGGGAAUUAUCAAGAAUUCUUCAAGGACUGGUCCCAGUGGAAACAGCUUACCUACGAUGAUGACCCAGAUGUCUAUGUCGAAGCUGUCAUGAAGGCUAUUUCAGAAGGAGAUUCUGGCUGUGAUUCAGUGACUGAUGCAGAAGCGGAAGACGACAGAGACGCACACCAUUCGUGCAAUAUUGCAAUGAGCCGAGAGCAUGGGAACCUGGUGACCAGACUAGGAAGCCUAAUUACAGUGCAGCCUGAUCGCAUUCGCUGUGGGGCGAAGACAAUAGUUUACAUCGUCCUAAAAUGUAAGCUGGAUGGCAACGUAAAAAUGGAAGUGGAAUUUUCCUCCGAGAGCUGCCAGUCAGUGCGAGUUCUGGCUAGGAUAGAGAAUGAGUACACCGUUUCGGUUUCCGCACCUGACCUACCAUCCGGAGCUGUAUGCCUGCGAUUGUUUUCUGGGGAUUUAAUGAUAGCUGAAGCAAGCAUUUGCUAUUACACUGACAUGGAAGAAAUUAGCAACUUGCUGUCUACUGCAGCAAAUCCAGUGGAAUUUAUGUGUCAGGCAUUUAAAAUAAUCCCUUACAACACAGAAGCACUAGACAAAAUCCUGACAGAGUCAAUGAAAAAGAACCUUCCUGCGAGUGGUUUGCAUCUGUUAGGGAUCAACCAACUAGAGGAAGAAGACAUUGCAUGCCAGAGGGAUGAAGAGCUGCCAACUCUGUUGCACUUUUCUGCUAAAUAUGGGCUAAAGAACCUCACUGCCCUCUUGCUUUCGUGCCCAGGAGCCCUACAGGCUUACAGUGUAGCCAACAAAUAUGGCCACUAUCCCAACAACAUUGCAGAGAAUGAGGGCUUCAAAGAUCUCCGGCAGUUCAUUGAUGAAUAUGUGGAGACAGCAGACUUGCUGAAAAGCCACAUAAAGGAACAGCUGAUGCAGGGCGAGGAAGAUGAUUCUGUUUAUGAGUCCAUGGCUCACCUUUCCAGUGACCUGCUGAUGAAAUGCUCUCUGAACCCUGGCUGUGAUGAGGAGCUCUACGAAUCCAUGGCUGGCUUGGUUCCUUGUGCUACUACAGAGGACUUGUAUGUAGAAAUGCUUCAGUCGGAGACUAGCAGCUCCUCUGCACGGACAACAAAGGCCUAUAUGAUGCGCAAGUUCUUAGAAGGUGUGAGCAUGGAUGUAGCAGAACCGAAAGAGGAUAUAUACCAUGAUUGUGAAGAUGAAGAACUCUAUCACGCGGUGGAACAGGACAGUUUUCCUCAGGAAAUGGUCAAUAGGCCACCUGUCCCUGUUCCGAGACCUGAUCCCUCCACUAAACCACAGGACAAAGAAUCAUACAUAUAUAAAGUUUUUGCAGGAAAGCACCAGGAGAAACCUGGGAACCUCUACGUGUCUACAGGCAAUAUUAGGAAAGAGCAAGCAGACAGAUAUCCAAAGGCUCCGCCUCAAGCCAGUAUAUAUGACCCAUUUGCUGGGAUGAAAACCCCAGGCCAAAGGCAACUGAUCACUUUACAGGAGCAAGUGAAACUGGGGAUGCUCACUGUAGAUGAAGCUGUCCUUUGUUUCAAGGAGUGGCAGCUUAAUCAGAAAAAGCGGUCAGAAUCAUUUCGCUUUCAGCAGGAAAACCUGAAAAGAUUACGUGACAGCAUCACUCGGAGGCAAAUUGAGAAGCAAAAGGCUGGCAAACAUGCAGAUUUGGAAAUCACUGUCCCUGUUGGCCAUUCCCAGAACACCCCCAAGAAACCAGAGUGUAGCAUUUACGAAUCUAGUCCUCGGAAAAAUCUCCGCCAACCCAUUAAAGAAAUCAGGCGAGGGGACUGGAAAACAGAAAGCGCCUCAAGUACUACUAGUAGUUCAAGCAACCGAUCCAGUACACGAAGUAUACUGAGUGCCAGCAGUGGGAUGGAUGGAGACAACGAGGAUAAUGAAAUCCCAGAAGUGAAGAAAAAUGUCAACUAUGGGCCCCAGCCGCCUGACAGACCAUCUGCAAGACCUCCAAGGAUACCCCCUCGAGUUGCUAGCAGGCCUUUUAGCAGUGACAACUUCUGUCCUCCUCCCCCUGUGCCUCCGAGAGGUCGUGAAAUGCCACGCUAAAUCUUCAGGAUGGUGAAUACGAAAAUGCAUGGUGUUUAUUCUUGAGAUUGACUUUUAAUAAUAUUGAGUAUCCAGCACAGGUUUUCUCCUCACCCCACACCUGUCAAAUGAGUAAUUUUGGCACAGGUUUCUUUGAAAAACCAAAUGGGGGGGGGGAGAACAAUAAUUUGACAGUCGUGGCUUUUCAGAACAAACUGGUUACGGGAGAGGAAAGUACACACUGAGCUUCUUCGGGAUUAUGUGAUUCAUCCUUCUUAAUCGCACCAGAUCAAAGGUAGUAAUCCCUCAACAUGAAAAUGGAAUACCUACAAGUGGACCUUUUCCUCUGUUUAUCUACAAAUGUGGUAAAUGUGCCCUGUGCUUUCAGGUAGGCAGACCAGAGAUGGCAUAGGGCUGUUUUCAACUAAGUAUUACUCAGAGUAAACCCACUGUAAUUAAUGGACCUAACUCAGCGAUUUUAAUAAAUUUCAGUGGGUGUACUUUGAGUAAAGCUUUGUUGAAUCCCACCCACAGUGCAGUGGAAGCUCGGCCACAGUACACAAUGGAGUAAUUCCUUCGAAAUCUGCACAGGCAGAUUACCGGUUUUAUGAUGAUUUUAUAUUUCAGACUACCAAAUUGGUGCCUAAAGUAGCUUUUUCAGAUAACGGGAAACAUUGAGCAUUGUUUUGCACUUUAAGUCCUGUGCCUUAGAACACAGGAGCUCUGUGGAAUCUUGGUCCAUGCCUUGGUCUGUAUUAAUUCUGUGGUGAUGUUAUCAAAAGCCACCCAGCAAACUGUGGAUGUUAAGGAACCUGGGUUCUGUAUAAUUUAUGAAUAUCAAUAAAGUUUAUGCACAGAUGUUUAACAU